GGCUCGUAGCGUGAGGAAGGGCCUAGGCCGGGGCCUGCCGUGUGGGCGCUCACCGGCGCCUGGGCUCGAUCCCCGAAGUGCUCUCUGCCGCAGCCUCGCCUGCGUCACGUCCCAGUCAGGACGGGCACGGGGAAAACCUUCCAGAGCCAUGGAGGACGAGGUGGUCCGCAUUGCCAAGAAGAUGGACAAGAUGGUGCAGAAGAAGAACGCGGCUGGAGCAUUGGAUUUGCUGAAAGAGCUUAAAAAUAUUCCCAUGACGCUGGAAUUAUUACAGUCCACAAGGAUUGGAAUGUCAGUUAAUGCUAUUCGCAAGCAGAGUACAGAUGAAGAGGUUACAUCCUUAGCAAAAUCUCUUAUCAAAUCCUGGAAAAAGUUAUUAGAUGGGCCAUCAACUGAUAAAGACUCUGAAGAAAAGAAAAAAGAACCUGCAAUUACAUCGCAGAAUAGCCCUGAAGCAAGAGAAGAAAGUAGCUCCAGUGGCAACGUAAGCAGCAGAAAGGAUGAGACAAAUACUCGAGACACUUACGUUUCAUCUUUUCCUCGGGCACCGAACACUUCGGACUCUGUACGGUUAAAGUGCAGGGAGAUGAUUGCCGCGGCUCUUCGAACAGGGGAUGACUACAUUGCUAUUGGAGCUGAUGAGGAAGAAUUAGGAUCUCAGAUUGAGGAAGCUAUAUAUCAAGAAAUAAGGAACACAGACAUGAAAUACAAAAAUAGAGUACGAAGUAGAAUAUCAAAUCUUAAAGAUGCAAAGAAUCCAAAUUUAAGAAAAAAUGUACUGUGUGGGAACAUUCCUCCUGACUUAUUUGCUAGAAUGACAGCAGAGGAAAUGGCUAGUGAUGAGCUCAAGGAGAUGCGGAAAAACCUGACCAAAGAAGCCAUCAGAGAGCAUCAAAUGGCCAAGACAGGUGGAACCCAGACUGACUUAUUCACAUGCGGCAAAUGCAAAAAGAAGAAUUGUACUUACACACAGGUACAAACUCGUAGUGCCGAUGAACCGAUGACAACUUUCGUUGUCUGUAAUGAAUGUGGAAAUCGAUGGAAGUUCUGUUGAGUUAGAAGAAUUGACAAGCUGUCUGGACCAUUAAGAAAAUGGAUUUUGUAAUUAGCUUUAAAACUAGGCCAAGCAACUAGUUUUCCUGCAAAUCAGAUUUUUAAAGCGGCAUACAUCCCUUGGGUUAGUCUCUGUUUUGGCAUAACAUCCCUCUCUUAAAUGUCUUCUGUAGUUUCAGAUGAGUAGGGAGACCAUGUAAUAACCUCAUCUGUUUAAAAAAAAAAAGCUGUUUUUUUUUUUUUUAAUAAGUAAGUUGACAUUAAACUUUUAUCAGCUAAACUUUUGGCAAUUGAUAAUUUAUAUUUUUUUCUUCUUAAAGGAAAAUAUACCUUAACUUUUUUACAGUCUAAAACAUACACACUAAAAAUGCUAUCAUCUCUGUUAAUACAUAAAUGGAAAUUAAAUUUUUUUCCAUAUUGGCAUGUACCGGCAAAUAUUAGAGGAGGAGAAAAGGUCGUACAAUUUUAGGUUUAUCAGAUAUGGUGUGGAUUCAGAUAAUAUUUGACCAGUUUAUCUAAAUUGUACAUAAUAUUUAGAUUGGCAUAUGAAUUUGGUUUUAAUUAUUAUGCUCACAAGUCUGGGAUAAUUAGAUCUUAUUUUGCAUCUGUAACUAACCGUGAUCAUCAUUUCUUGUAAUUUCUUGUACAUGUACAUUACUUGUUCUUAGUAGAUUUACUUUCGGAAACAUGACUUUGUUGAAAUCAGUUUGGUUUUAUUGUUUAUUUACCUGUUUGACUUUUGUAGUUUUAGUUUUACAGAAGGUCACUGUUGUAGUUUAGUAGGAAUUUUGUAAAUCCCCACGAAGGCAGAGACCAUUUUUUCCUUCAUAGGAAGACACACUGGGAAGAAAAAUAGCAUUUUACUAUAAUGUCCUUAUUGUAAGCAGUUCACAGCUUGAUUUUUAUUUCAAAAUUCAUGCUGACCGAGGAUUGAGUUUAAGGACUAUAUAAACCAUGAAAGCUGUAGUUUUUCCAUGUGGAGGUUGAUAGAAAAUACUUUUUUCCUGAGUCUUACUAGCUGGCAUUUUCAGUUACAUCCUGAAUGAGAUUAUUUAACAAACUGCUAUGUGGGCUAUAACCCAAGACAUAGCGCAGAUCUUACAAUUAAGUUUCACUUUUUGUUUAAGUGUGUGCUGUUUGUUCUUUAGAAAUAGGAACUCAUGGUUUCACUUUGGUUCCUUUGUGUACGCUUGCUCUAGCCCAUCUGAAAGACUGGUAUCGGAAAGGUCGCGUUUUAUCGUUACUGCAUCUGUUUUCUGUCAAACACCUAGAGUAAGACCUCAGUACAUGCUUUGUACUCCCUCUUGUCCCCUUUUCCCCAUUUCUUAUUGCAAAUCAGUUUGAUGUAAUACAGAAAGCAAUAUUUUAAGGUCCACGUUAGGCUCCGUAUAUAGAAAUUGGCAACUGGUAUCCACUGACCUAUAUUUUGUCAAUUCACUGAUUAGCCUAUUGUUUUAACCAUUUUUUUUAAAUUGCAUUUUGGAAGGAGUGAGUUUCAGAUGCAUUAAAUAGUCUCACUUUUAAAUUAAGGGACCCAUUUUUCAAUUCGUAAUUCAAUAAAGUUUUUUUUAUUGUUAAAAGUC